AAGUGCAUGGAUCAACUGGACCACAAAAAGAAAAGACAAAGGGUUUCAAACUUUGCAGAUCCUUACUCUUUGCAUGGUCAGGAGAAGUAUCCAGUAUGUCAAAUGCCCAAGAAAUCAAAAGUUGCUACUACUGGUACAAAGACAGAAUCCAAGAAAUCAGAGAAAGAAAAGAAAGAAAAUUGCUACAAAGAAAGGGAUGUAUCAGAAUCUGGAUGUUCUGCCCCCUCCAGUGCCAAUGCACACCAUAGUGAAUGGCAGGUGGAACCAUCAAUUGAUGAGUAUGAGGCUUAUAAAGCAAUCUUAUACCAGUGUAGUGCAUAUGCUGCCCUAAAUGAAAAACUCUCAGCUUUUGCCAUGUUGGAUUAUGAUUUUGCUCACAACAUCUUAAAGAAAACUAGUCCUUGUUUAGUUUUCAGACAGGGGGAACACUUUUUGUGCACCUGUGAUAACCUUAGAAGAUCCUAUAUCGAAAAUGUAGGAAACUGUUCUGUGGAAGAAUCCAGCACUUACCACAAGCCAUGUUAUCACAGCAGCAUAGUGAAAGAGUUGUAUGAGAUGUAUAUAUAUUCAAACAGUAUUGAUUUAGACCAUGAUUAUUCCUCCAUGGAAAGAAAAGAAGAAGAAGAGCUUGGUCUAUCAGAAGUUUGUGAAAUUGGCUUCAUGGAGGAUGUGUAUGCUGUGCAUUCUGCCAAUCUGUAUGGCCUUGUUAAAGUUUCAUUUGGUAACAUGAAGUGUCUCACCUGCCAUGUGAAAUGUUCCCAUCCUUCACAGUUAAAGAAAAUUUUGAAAAAGUUCGGAAAUGACUGUCCAGACAUAAUCGAAAAAAUUUAUACAAGACUUAGUAAAGACUAUUACAGUUAUGAGCUGCAGUGCCAGUCACUGCAGAAAAUUUCCUUUGACUUGCCUCUGCACUUGAGAUCAAGAAUUCAACAAAUAAUUGAUGCCGAGUUUAAAGCAGUCAAUGCUAUCAGUGACUGUCCCGUGUGCAAUUCUUCAUUAAAGGAGGAAGGAGACCAAUCUACUCAGGAAUGCCUAUUCUUGUCAAAUUACAAAAUGUUAAAGGUCGAAUAUUAA